GGCAGUUAUACAGUGUUUUGGAGCGUCUAACACCUCAUUGGCAGAGCUGCUGGCAUAUGCACAGCUGUGAGGCUCACUGACUUAUUACAGUUCCAGACCUUGAUGACUCUGCAGCAUUUGCUCACUAGCUGAGAGUCCUUUGCACGACCUGUAGCUGAGAAGGGGAAAAAUUUGUCCUAGUGCAGCCUGAUUACAUGCAGAGGUGCUCCAGAAACAGGAAAUAACAAAUCAAAGAGAACAGAGGAGUCAAGUGAAAGUCAGAUUCCUGGCGUCGUCGGCCUCACUACAUGAAAUGGAGUUUGCUUAUGCGCUGCUGGUGUUAAUAUUGGCAGUUUUCAUUGCUGCUUUCAUAUUGCUAGUCGUGGGGGCAAUUUAUUUUGAUUUCUCCAACUCAGAAAUCCCUCUUGGAGUGGACCAGCCUGUAAAGCUCCGAAUCGUUCACAGUAUUUUGAUUGGCACAGCGGUUCUGGGGAAGAUUUUGGAGAAGCUGGGUCUGUGCAGUCAACUUGGCUUCACCCGCUAUAUGCGACGGGGAAAGAAAUUAGGGGAGGACCCAAAGCUCUUCAUGAAGGACCUGCAGUUUGGGAAGGUGCCAGUGAGGAUUUACCAGCCUAGAGCGCCUUCUGCUGGCCGAAGGAGAGGAGUCCUCUACUUCCAUGGAGGAGGCUGGAUGUUUGGAAGCAUUAAUGCCUAUGAAACUGUGUGCCGCUAUAUCGCCAGAGAAAGUGAAUCGGUGGUCGUGUCUGUUGAGUAUCGUCUGGCACCAGAGCACACGUACCCAGCACAGUAUGAGGACUGUCUCACUGCUACCACCCACUUUAUGAAGACUGCAGAAGACUAUGGAGUGGAUCCUGCCCAUAUUAUCAUUAGUGGGGACAGUGCUGGGGGCAAUCUUGCUGCUGCUGUUUGCCAAACACUAGUGAGUAGACCAGACCUUCCAAAGGUGCAUGCUCAGAUUUUGAUCUAUCCAUGCCUCCAGGCAAUAGACUUCGAUUUGCCAUCAUAUCAGCAAAACUGUGGAGUCCCCAUCUUGUUCAGGGAACGCAUGGCUUUUUAUGUUCUGCAGUACCUCAAGGGGGACGCAUCAUUUUUGGAAGAUGUCCUGGAGGGUUCCCAUAUGCCUGUAGAUGUAAAAUUGAAGUUUAGAAAAUGGCUAAGUGCAGACAAUAUCCUUAAGGAAUUUAAGGUCAGAGGAUACAAACCAAAGGUGCCUAUCGAAUGCUCAAAUGAAGUUUAUGAGGCAGUUAAAAAAUUUUGUGAACCAGCUUUUUCCCCACUUCUCGCUGAAGAUGCUGUUGUUCGCCAGCUCCCUGAGUCAUUCAUCUUGACCUGUGAGUAUGACGUGCUUAGGGAUGAUGCCCUGUUAUACAAGAAGCGAUUAGAGGACGGUGGUGUGCCAGUGACCUGGUACCACAUUGAGAAUGGAUUCCAUGGAAUCAUAAGCCUGUUUGAUAAUGGCAGGUUGUCAUUUCCAGCUGGAAAAAAGGGACUGGACAACAUUGUAAACUUUCUCAGAAGCUUAUAAAAACCAAUCUUCUCAAAGGUUGGGUCGUAUAUUUCCUCUGGUCUUCAUAUAUGCCUCAAAGUCUGGGAAGAGACCUAUAGGAAUAGUAUCUUCUAUCACAUGAUGGGCUGCCAUGACAUGGUUUCCAUUGGUGAUGAAGUUCAUGAGCUUGUGUGAAGUCCCUUCUGUUACUGGUUAGAAUGUUGAUUACACACCUACAUAUUUGAAAUGAUUUCUUUGCAUCAUGCUGCAAGCUAUUGUCUUUAUAAAUAUCAGUAAAGAUUAAAGAAUAC